CCUAUUUUCAGAAUAUCAAGCAACUAUGAAAUACAUUCUGGUAACGGGUGGGGUUAUUUCUGGUAUUGGGAAAGGAGUUGUGGCGUCCUCUCUUGGUGUUAUCCUUAAACAUUGUGGAGUUCCCGUGACAUCUAUUAAGAUUGAUCCCUACAUUAAUAUUGAUGCUGGAACCUUCUCCCCCUAUGAACACGGUGAGGUGUAUGUGCUGGAUGAUGGAGGAGAGGUUGAUCUAGAUCUAGGAAACUAUGAACGCUUCCUCAAUGUUAGUCUCUCCCGAGACAACAAUAUCACGACAGGUAAAAUCUAUCAGCAUGUGAUAAACAAGGAGAGGAAAGGAGAUUACCUCGGUAAGACUGUUCAAGUUGUUCCUCAUAUAACAGAUGCAGUUCAGGAAUGGGUUGAGAGGGUGGCCAAGGUUCCAGUCUCUGAUGAUCAGAAGGUUCCUGAGGUUUGUAUAAUAGAGCUUGGCGGAACCAUCGGAGAUAUCGAGGGUAUGCCUUUUAUUGAGGCGUUUCGUCAGUUCCAGUUCAAAGCAGGCAGAGAUAACUUCUGCAAUGUUCAUGUUUCUUUAGUUCCUAAACCUACUGCUACAGGUGAGCAUAAGACGAAACCAACCCAAGCAAGUGUACGAGAACUCCGAGGUUUGGGUUUAUCUCCGGACUUGAUUUUCUGUAGGAGUGAGGAGGCAAUUGACGAGAGUGUAAGACAAAAGAUUUCCAACUUCUGUCAUGUUGAGCCGGGACAAGUAAUCAAUAUCAAGGACCAGGCCAGUAUCUACCACGUCCCCCUGGACAUGCUUCGUCAGAACGUCGUCGGCAUUAUUCAAGAACGUCUUCAGCUCUCAUUUCCUCCGAUUAAACCAAAGAGAUUUAUGUCUCGAUGGAAGCAACUAGCCGAUAGAUCAGAGAAUACGCGUAAAUUUGUUAAAAUCGCUCUCGUGGGUAAAUAUACGCAACUGGGGGAUGCGUACGCGAGCGUAAUCAAGGCUCUGGAACACGCUGCCCUGGCAACUAAUCAUAAACUCAAGUUGACAACAAUAGCUGCUGCAGAUCUAGAGGAUGAAACUAAAAUCAAGGAGCCUGUAAAGUAUCAUGAAGCGUGGAAGGUGUUAUGUGAGACUGACGGUGUCCUGGUCCCUGGUGGGUUUGGAGUACGUGGUGUUGAAGGAAAGAUGGCUGCUGCUCGUUGGUGUAGAACUAAUGAGAAACCAUAUCUCGGAGUGUGUCUUGGACUUCAGUGUGCUGUUAUAGAAUUUGCAAGGAAUGUGCUUGGCUGGGAAGAUGCCAACAGUACAGAGAUGAAUCCUGACACCCUUCACCCUGUCGUCAUUGAUAUGCCGGAGCACAAUGUGGGUGUGAUGGGUGGAACUAUGAGACUGGGGAAACGCCAGACAAUAUUCCAGACAACUGAUAGUGUUCUCAGACAACUGUAUGGUAACAGAGACCAUAUAGAGGAGAGACACAGACACAGGUUUGAAGUAAACCCUAAGUUUGUGCCUGAGUUUGAAGCAGCUGGGAUGAAGUUUGUCGGACACGACUCCGAAAACACAAGGAUGGAGAUCAUGGAGCUUGCUGGACACCAGUACUUCGUAGCUGUACAAUACCACCCAGAGUAUAUAUCCAGGCCUCUUUCUCCUUCUCCUCCUUAUCUUGGACUUGUUCUAGCAAGUGUUGGAAAGCUGAACAACUUCCUUAGCCUGGGCUGCAAAACUAGACUUCCCUCAGAUGACGACGAAUCAUCGGACGAUGACAUGUCACAGCUCGUUCGUAAUAUGUCUUAUCCAGAUAAGUUGCGUGGAGCGGGGGAUGGUUUGAACAUGAAGAAAAUUCCUCAAACUCUUUGUAGCAGUGGAUCUAGCGUCGGGAGCCAGGAGCAGAUAGAUCCUUGACUGAGACUUAAACCAACUCCGGAGUAAGCCCAACCAUAAUGUGAAGCUCUCCUCAAAUCAACCCAAUUAUGAUGUGGAGAUUUUCUCUUACCUACUUCGGAGUAAACCCAAACGUAAUGUUGAGCUCUAACCAUCUCUGGAGUAAACUCAACCAUAAUCUGGAAUUUACCUUAAACCAACCAACUCAAACUCCAGACAUUAACAAUUUUUAAUAUGAAUUAUAUAUAAAUUAACCGAUCUUAUACAUUCAAACUUGUUUUCUGAACCAAAUCUAAAGAAAAAUGGAUAAAAAUAUCCGUUUUGUUUUUACCUCUCGUUUUUUCCAAAGCUAUACCGUGUAUCUAACUCGUCCAAAUACUCUUUAUUAAGUUUGCUCAAAAGGAAGGAAAUCUCAAAACUUUGAAACUUAGUUCUCUUAAUGUCAAUGUCUUAAGUUUUACAUUUUUGCCCGCGUUUUUAUUAUGAAUCUUUUAUUAUAAAAAAGAAAACAUGUUUUUUUUUGACUUGAUUGUAAUUUUAAAAUAUUUUGAAUCGUGAAAUUCCUCUUUCUGGUGAAAUUUAUCCGAGUGAGUGUACUUAGGGGCAUUAUACAUUAUUUAUCUACACAAUGCCGGUUUUUAAUCUCGUUAGAUUGUUCUUGUACAUCAUGUACAUUGUACAAUGUUUAGUUUAGAUCUAAUUAUACCGUAUAUUAAUUGUACAACUUUUUUUUAAUCAACAUUAUUCAUACAGAAUUAUGCAAUUUUACAUUUACAUAAUAGUUGCCAUUAACUUAAAUAGUGUUUACAACAAUAUGAAGUGACAUUCUAUUUUUAAACAUGAAAUGUAUUUUUUCCAGA